CCUAUCCGUCUAUCUCUGCCGUGUCCAUUCAGAGACUGACGAGUUCCCUCGUGCUAGUCGACCACCAUCGACAUGGGAGCGUUUUCAGCCGACGUUCUUGCUCUCGUCCGGAGAGCUGCCGCCCCUGAGCAGGCUGGCAUUAUCGCUGGUGACAACCCAGCAGAUUACAAUUCGAGCGACCCUUUUCGUCUAUGGGUCAUCCAAGUCGUCAUUGUCAUCGGCAUGACCCAGCUGCUUGCGCUCUUCCUUUCGCGCAUCCGCCAGCCGCGUGUCAUUGCCGAAGUCAUCGGCGGUGUACUCCUCGGGCCCUCUGUCAUGGGGCACAUCCCAAACUUCACGAACACGAUCUUUCCAACUCAGUCACUGGUCAUCCUAAAUCUGACCGCGAACCUCGGCCUCGUCCUCUUCAUGUUCCUCGUCGGAAUGGAAAUCGACAUGCGUGUCAUUCGCCGCAACGUCAAGGCCGCCGCAGCUAUUUCCAUCGCGGGCCUCAUUAUUCCGCUCGGACUGGGUGCUGCCCUCGCGGUGCCCAUCUACCACCAGUUCACGGACGGGACAGCGAGCUUUGGCGUCUUUGUGCUCUUCAUUGCUGUCGCGGUUGGCAUCACCGCCUUCCCGGUGCUCUGUCGGAUUCUCACAGAAUUGAGACUAUUGGAUACGACCGUGGGAGUCGUCACCCUAUCCGCGGGCGUGGGCAAUGAUGUCAUUGGUUGGGUUCUGCUCGCGCUGUCUGUUGCGCUCAUCAACUCCUCGAGCGGCCUGACUGCGCUUUGGGUGCUUCUCGCCGGGAUCGGCUUCGUCAUAUUCAUUCUCUUCCCUGUGCGAUGGGCGUACCACUGGCUCGCGGUGAAGACUGGUAGCUUGGACGCUGGCACGCCAUCAACAUUGAUGAUGUCCGUCACCAUUGUCAUGGUCCUCAUAUCCGGAUUUUACACAGAUGUCAUCGGCAUUCACGAGAUCUUCGGCGGUUUCCUGGCCGGAUUGAUCAUCCCUAAGAAGAACGGGUACGCAAUUGCUUUGGUUGAGAAGCUUGAGGACAUACUACUACUCUUGCUGCUCCCUCUGUACUUCGCUUUCACCGGUCUUCGCACCAACUUGGGCUUGUUGAACAACGGUAUCACCUGGGGAUACACGAUCCUCAUUUGUGUCAUCGCGUUCUUCUCGAAGUUCCUUGCGUGCGGUAUCACCGCCAAGAUCAUGGGCUUCAGCGUGCGUGAGUCCGGCGCCAUCGGCGCACUCAUGAGUUGCAAGGGGCUGGUUGAGCUCAUUGUACUCAAUGUCGGUCUUUCUGCCGGCAUCCUGGACACUCGCACGUUCUCCAUGUUCGUUCUGCACGCGCUCGUGCUCACGUUCAUGACUACGCCUCUCACCAUUCUCUUCUACCCGGCCAAGUACCGUGUCCGUAUCAGAGAACAGCCUAAGCAGCCGCUCCCCUCCGCAUCUACCGAAGAUGGCACUGGUGCGAGCAGGAGCGAGAUAAAGGACUCCCUCAAGACGCGCUUCGCCAUCAUCGUCGAUAGGAUCGAGCAGCUUCCGGCUAUCAUGACCAUCACCCAACUUCUCCAGAUACCGUUCUCUAUGUUGCCGGAUGCGCCUUCGUCGGAUGCUUCGAGCGCAGAGAUGGACGAGAAGGCCGCGAUGUCUGAAGGCAUCCCGACACUGACCCCGGCCCGCAGCUCGAUGGACCGCCCGCGCAUCUCUGUGGACGUCCUGCGCCUCAUCGAGCUCACGAACCGUGCCUCCGCGGUGCUGAAGUCGCAGGCCGCCGACGCCCUCGCGCAACGCGACCCCAUCCUCGCGAUCUUCAAGACGUUCGGCUACCUGCACCGCAUCGCCGUCUCCACCGCCCUUGCCGUCGUCGGCGGCGAAGACUUCGCGGAGAACGUCACGCAGCACGCCCGUGCAGCGGGCAGCCAGAUGGUCAUCCUCCCCUGGACGAACGCCCUCGGCUCCGAGUCCCUCGACAACGACGUCCCCGACUCCCCCACGGACGCCGCGUCGCCCUCGUCCGCAGCGAGCGUCGCGCCGUCGCCUUUCGACGGUCUCUUCCAGGCGAGGCACGAGGGCAGGAGUAGCGGGCAGACGGCGACGACGGUGCACUCGCACUUCGUCCGCCGCGUCUUCGCGGACGCCCCGGCGGACGUCGCGCUCUUCUGGGACCGCGGCGCCCCGGGCUCGCCCCAGCUCGGGGGCGGGGACGCGCAGUUCCACGCGUUCGUGCCGUUCUUCGGGGGCCCGGACGACCGCGCGGCGCUCGCGUUCGUGGUGCAGCUGUGCCUGCACCCGUCGGUGAGCGCGACGGUGGUGCGCAUGAAGAAGGUGGACGGUGCGGCGCUCGAGCCUGUGGACACGAUCGAGCAGAUCAAGCUACAGAACACCGUGCACGCUACGGUCUUCCCGGACACGGUGUACGGCGCGCAGACGACGCAGACGCGCCUCGCGUCCGAGACGGCGGACGACCUGCUGUGGACGAGGCUCGCGUCGGCGUCGUCCGCGAGCGCAGGGCCCGAGGCCGCGGCGGUGCGCGCGCGCAUGACGUUCGUGGAGGAGGCGUCCGCGCAGCCGCUGCACCGCGCGGUGGAGCUGCACGCGCGCUCGCCGACGCGCGGACGGCAGAUCGUCGUCGCGGGGCGGUCGCGGCGGAUGGCGGUGGAGUCGCACGAGGUCGAGCUGCAGAAGCUUGCGGGGGCGCGGGGGGCGGCGCUGGGCUCGGAGCUGCCGAAGACGCUGGGGUGCGUGGCGUGCGCGUUCGUCGUUGCGGGCCCGGGGCAUGCGAGCUUGCUGGUCGUGCAGGCUGCGCAGAAGUGGUGAUGUGCGCUGUCUGUGUAUCUUAUGGAAGGGGCUUUGCGGGAUGGUGGUGUGUAUAUAACGAGCUGUCGUGAUUUUUCAUUGCUAUGUCUAUUGGUUUUUAUACCGUGCUUAUUUGCUUACGCGCUCACCAUGUAUAGCUACUACUACAUUUCUAUGGAUGGAUUGUACAC